CACCUCGCCCUUCCCUUUUCCCCAACCAACCAAGACACACCACCCAAUUCCCCUCUCCUCUUCGCUCUCAUCUCCGCUUCCAGCCAGCCACUGCAACCCUAACCCUCCGCAAAGCCCUACCCCCCUUCCGCCACCAUGGGCAAGGCCGACGCCGACGCCGAGUUCAAGGCCGCCGGCAAGCGCAAGAAGGCCGGAGGCGCCGGCAAGCCCAAGCGCGGCCUCACCCCGUUCUUCGCCUUCCUGGCUGAGUUCAGGCCGCAGUACAUGGAGAAGCACCCAAACACCAAGGGCGUCGCAGCGGUGACCAAGGCUGCCGGGGAGAAGUGGCGCGCUAUGUCGGACGAGGAGAAAGCGCAAUAUGGGGGCAAGAAGCCAGAUGGCGAGAGCAAGCCCGCGGCCGCUAGCAAGAAGAAGGAGAGCACUAGCUCUAAGAAGGCUAAAACUGAUGGUGCGGAACAGGAGGGAGAAGGUUCUGACAAGUCGAAGUCUGAUGUUGAGGAUGAUGAGAAUGAUGGCAGUGGCGAGGACGAGUAGUAGUAAAUAGCUUAGAGAGCUGCAGCUAUGCAAAUCGGUGUUCACUGCUUAGGGCUUUAGCUUUGCUAUGUUACUGUUAUCCUUGUUAUGUCCUGUUGUAAGGAAAACGUGCGAAUGAAGGUACUCCUGGGCCGUGGCAUGCUGGAGGUGUCUCUGUUUAACUAGUAGCGAAGAAAAUGCUGAAUACUGUUGACUGCUUUUCUUUUGCGAACCUCCGCAGCAUGUGUAAACUAUUUUGCUUAUUCACUGAUCUGAUGACUAGUCCGCGAUUGGCUUUCUGUUAAUCGCGUCUGCUGUAUUCAUAUUCUGUUGUGUACUCAGUUCGUGCCGUUAUUGGUGCAUCUUUGGUUUAUCUUUUUUA